AUAAUAUUUUGCCGAUUUUUUGUAACAAAAUUAUUUCAUACAACUACUAUUUACAGUGACAUGGCUUUUUACAAUGCAGGACAGCUGAAAUUAUUUGUAAAGCUAGGAAAUGGGCCAAAAGUGAAUUUCGCGAGACAAGAAUGGUGACCAUUUUGAAAAUAGGCGAGCUUUUGAACCAAGAGUCAUAGGAGAGUUUUUUGUAUUGAUGUUGAACAAAAUUAACUUAAAACAGGAAUCCUAUCGACAGAGGGUUUAAGGCAAAUGGUCCAAAAGUGGAUUUUGCGAAACAGAUGGACAAAUCAAUGUUAACUAAAAUGGCUGAAAAUAAAAAAAAUGGAUAUAAUUUUUUGCUGAUUUUUCGUAACAAAAUUAUUUCAUACAUCUACUCUUUACAUAGACAUGGAUUUUUACAAUGUAGGACACUUGAAAUUAUUUGUAAAGCUAGGAAAUAGGUCAAAAGUGAAUUUCGCGAGACAAAAAUGGCGGCCAUUUUGAAAAUAGGCGAGCUUUUGAGCCAGGAGUCAUAGGGGAGUUUUCUGUAUUGAUGUUGAACAGAAAUAACUUAAAACAGGAAUCCUAUCGACAGAGGUUUUAAAACGUGCCACUGUUGUUGACGGAAAAGUGGAUUUCACAAGUCAGAUGGACAAAUCAAUGUUAACUAAAAUGGCUGAAAAUAAAAAAAAUAGAUAUAAUUUUUCGCUGAUUUUUUGUAACAAAAUUAUUUCAUAUAUCUACUCUUUACAUUGACACAGAUUUUUACAAUGUAGGACACCUGAAAUUAUUUGUAAAGCUAGGAAAUGGGUCAAAAGUGAAUUUUGCGAGACAAAAAUGGCGGCCAUUUUGAAAAUAGGCGAGCUUUUGAACCAGGAGUCAUAGGGGAGUUUUUUUUAUUGAUGUUGAACAGAAAUAACUUAAAACAGGAAUCCUAUCGACAGAGGUUUUAAAACGUGCCAGUCAAAAGUGAAUUUCGCGAGACAAAAAUGGCGGCCAUUUUGAAAAUAGGCGAGCUUUUGAACCAGGAGUCAUAGGGGAGUUUUCUGUAUUGAUGUUGAACAGAAAUAACUUAAAACAGGAAUCCUAUCGACAGAGGUUUUAAAACGUGCCACUAUUGUUGACGGACAGACAGACAGACAGACAGACAGACGGACGGACGGACGGACAGACAGACGGACAAGUGAGCGAUUGCAAAAGCUCACCAUGUGAGCUAAUAAAAAUCACUAGAAAUAUACCUAGCAGCAUCAUUGUCUCCUUUUAAUUUCAGAUCAAUUGAACUGAGGUUAAUAAGACUGAAAAUGAUGAAUACUUUGGACAUUGGUGAUUUUGAUUAUGUCCGAUUCACAACUGCAGAUUACCAUGGCCUUCCAAGAGGAAAGAUAAUCCCAAAACAACAUGUACAAGCUGCCCUCGUAAAUGGUGUCCAAAUAUAUUGUGGUAUACUCGGAGUGGGUUUAUCUGGAGAAUUUGUUUCAUUCCAUCCAGAAGUUACUGAGAAAAAGCAUGGGAAUUGUCAUUUGAAGCCAGAUAUCAAUACGCUGAGGCCAAUUCCUUGGGCAGAUGAACCAAACAGAAAAAUAGGAGAAAUCACAUGCGAUCUGCAUUGGGACAGUGAUUUUAAAUCACCAGUAGAUGCUGCUCCCAGAGAAGUUGCUAGGCGACAAUUAAAAUGUUUAGAUGCUUUAGGUUAUUCCUUGAAAACUGGAUGGGAACUUGAGUUCCAUAUCUUUCAUAAGGAUAAUGAGACACCAAUUUACAAAGGUAAAACUGGUUUAUACAACCAGUCUCUCGUUACAGAAUUUGGUAAUGUCAUGUUUCCAAUAGAGGAAAAUCUAAGGAAAGUUGGUCUUGAUAUUGAAGCGUUGCAUACUGAAGACGUCGAUGGACUUUUUGAAAUAUCGACAUCACCAAAAAUUGGUCUUGCCUCUGUAGAUGGUGCCUAUGUAGCAAAAUAUGCAAUCAAAGAAAUUGUAAAGAAAGCUGGUUAUCUUGCAUCAUUUAUGACAGCCCAUAAAAUGGGGUCGACAUGCGGACUCAACUUGAACCUUUCUAUUUUGGACAAGCUAGGAAAGAACAUGUUUUACAACCCAGAAAAGUUGAACAACUUAUCAAGUCUAGCUGAACAUUGGCUUGCAGGUGUAUUGUCCCAUGCCAGAGCAAUCUAUGUGCUUCAUUCACCAACUGUCAACUGUUUCAGACGAGUUGGUCAGUCAUUAGACCCAUGUAAAGCAAACUGGGGGAUUGACGACAGAAAUGCUCUGAUUAGGGUAAAAAACAAUGGCGAUAGAGGUACAUAUAUGGAGAACCGAAUGGCAGGAGGUCUAGGCAACCCAUAUCUCAUUGCUGCUGCGACAGUGGCUGCUGGUAUUGAUGGUAUCCAGCGGAAACUUCAACUUCCAGCUGAAAAUGACCCAAAUGCUCCAAAUCUUCCAUGUGACAUAGAAGAGGGGAUUAAAGCUCUAAGAGAAGAUAAGAUUGUAUGUGAUGCAUUGGGGGAACAGUUUGUUCGGUUCUUUACUGAAAUGAAACUGGCAACUGAGGUUACAAUUCUUGAUCCAAGCAUUCCCAAAACCAAUGAAGCUUAUGAAAAAGAACGAGCAUUUUACAUGAACCUACUAUAGCCUUCAAUUAAUUAAGCAAACUAAGAAAAUAAAUUUUAAUUUUGAACUGUAGAUAACAGCAACUGCAUGGAGUAGCAAAUCAUACCGAACAAUACAUGAUUUGAUAAAUAAUUUCUUCUUAAACAGAGCUGACCUUUGUUCCAAGGUGUCAGCAUAUGAAAUAUGAACCCAAUCCAUCCACUGAUAUUUGAGCUAUCAAAGAUAAUGUUUUUACAAAAAAUUGUGGCCAUGUUGAAAUUCAGCUGCCAUUUUGAGAAUUUCUUUCUGAGAAGAGCUCCUUU